AUGAGUCAGAUGCCACCAAAUUCACUAAACUGGACGCUAGUGGAUGGAUUUGUCCUCUUGGGGCUGACAGAGGAGCCAUCGCUGCAGAGGACCCUAUUCAUCAUGUUCUUGAUAACAUACACACUCAACCUGAUCGGAAACGGCUUCAUUAUAGUCAUUGUGCUCUUAGAGCCAACUCUACGCACCCCAAUGUACUUCUUUCUGGUCAACCUGUCCUUCUUUGACAUCUGCUUCUCUUCUGUAGCUGUCCCUAAAAUGCUCCAGGACCUGUUGACCCACCAGAAGGUGAUUUCGGUGACAGCCUGCCUGGCUCAGAUGCACUUCUUCCACUUUCUGGGCAGCUCUGAAGUUCUUCUUCUAACAGCCAUGUCCUAUGACAGGUACGUGGCCAUCUGCAAACCCCUGCACUACUGCGGGAUAAUGAACAGGGGGAGGUGUCUCUUGUUUGCCGUUGGCUCCUGGUGUACUGGCUUCCUGCACUCAUUGAUGCAUACGCUGUUCACAGCUCGGCUUCCGUUCUGUGGUUCCAAUAUAGUCAACCACUUCUUCUGCGACAUCAAGCCGUUGCUGAAACUGGCAUGUGCCGACACCACGCUCAAUGUUUACCUAUUAGCACUUGUGACGGGAUCCUUGGUCAUGAUUUCCUUCUUCCUGACUCUCCUGACCUAUAUUUUUAUCAGCUCUGCCCUCCUUCGGAUCCGUUCCUCCGCGGGUAGGCUCAGGGCCUUCUCCACCUGCGCGUCGCAUCUGGCGGUUGUGGUUCUGCUGUAUGGCACGGCAAUAUUCACUUACGUGCGACCAAUCACGGAGGAAUCUCUACACGUGGAUCGGAUUGCUGCCAUAUUUUUCACCGUGCUGACACCGAUGCUCAACCCAUUGAUUUAUACGCUGAGGAAUCAGGAUGUCCAGAAUGCCACCAAGCGACUCUUCAGGAGCUUGGUGUAA